AUGCUGCAGGUGUAUGGUUCCUAUCGCCAAGCCUUCGACUUGCUCACUACGUUCCUAUUGAGCCUCACUCACUACGCAUGCAUAUGCAUGCGCGUUUGCAGGUUUCCCACUCUUAUGCAAGUGGGUGCACCCACCCACAUUCUGCUCCCACCCACAUUCUGCUCCCACCCACAUUCUGCUCCCUCCAUCCCAUCUGCAAGUGUGUACGACUCCUACCGCCAGGCUUUUGACAUGCUCACAGCAUUUCCGGAGAUCAAGACUCUCGAAGACAAUGUGAAGUUCACUCAGAUGCUUACCAUGGUGCGUGCUGCUGUACUUAUAAUGGGGCAGCCUAUAGCGGGUACACCACAUUCCAUCGUGGACAUGCUCACAGCAUUUCCAGAGAUCAAGACUCUCGAAGACAAUGUGAAGUUCACUCAGAUGCUCACCAUGGUGCGUGAAGGGGCAGUCCAUAGCGGCUGGUGGACGGUCGCUCGCCGCUGCUGGGGUGCUGGCACGGGGGAUCUACCCGUGUGUGUCUCAGCUGGUGGACGACCACACGUGUAUCCUGGGAGUGCUGGCACGGGGGCUGGUGGACGACCAUACUCCACUGCUGGGAGUGCUGGCACGGGGAGAGAGGGAGUGCUCCCCUUUAGGCUGGCACACGUACACGCAACCCCCCUCAACCCCUCUCCACCACACCCAACCACCACCCAAAUCCCCUUUUUUGUGUCUCAGCUGGUGGACGACCAUACGCCUCUCCUCGGGGUGCUGGCGCGGGGGCUGGUGGACGACCAUACGCCUCUCCUUGGGGUGCUGGCGCGGGGGGUGAGGGAGUGCUCCCUGCGACCGCUCGUUGGGAGAGAGCUAGACCUAGACCCGUUUUUGGACAACAUUGCUGGUUUCUGGGUGGUGAAGGGGGUGAGGGGGGUGAGGGAGUGCAGUGCUCUCCCUGCGACCGCUAGUGGGGAGGGAGCUCGACCUGGAUCCCUUCCUGGACAACAUGUGAGUCAGCAUGGGAGUGACUGCUACCAUGUGUGCAGCAGCGGUGCUGGUGGCCGGGUGCCGCUGGUGGGGAGGGAGCUCGACCUGGAUACCUUCCUGGACAACAUGAGGGAGCUUGACCUGGAUCAAGGAGUGCUCUCUCUGCGACCACUCGUUGGGAGGGAGCUAGACCUGGAUCCCUUUCUGGACAACAUAAUGACUCCUCACUCCCCUCUCACUCCUCCCCAUUCCAUUGACUCCUCACCUCCUCACUCUCCUCCCUUAUUCUCCUCAACCUCCCCCUAUCACAGUCGCAGGGUCAUUGCAGAGCAUCACAUCUGCCUGCAGCACCAACGGCCAGGAUUCAUCGGCGUCAUCUGCUCCCAGCUCUCCAUGCAAGCAGUAGUGGAAGCGGCAGUCAAGCAGUGCACAGAUGUCUCUCGACGCACGUUCGGAUUCUGCCCUGAAUUUGAAGUGCAUGGGGAUGUGCACUCCACUUUUGCUUACGUGCCGGCACACAUUGAGUACAUGCUCUUCGAGAUACUCAAGGACGCUAUUGCAAGUCCUCAAGACACCUUCUCCUGUCUUCCCUCUCCUCCUCUUCGCACCUAA